AUGAACUUUUCCUCCAGAGACCGUCUCCUGUCUGAACGGGCUCGACUUAGCGCGGCGGAUCGCGAUCUGACACAUAGAGCUGCUGCCGCCGCUCUGACUAAGGAAAUGAAAGUCGCGCGAGAGACGGUGCAGGCGAUUCAGCGGCGAUGGAGGACUGCACAGCACGCGGCAAUCGAGAACCUGGAUGACGAUGAUGUUCGGAAUAUUGUCUUUGCGAUGCGAGUGCCGUGGCAGGAGCGGGUUAUUCAAUCUACCUCUACAGACGGUUCUCCUUCUAUCUCUGGUCUGCUGGUGUUUUACGAUCCUGAACGGUCAGCGGGAUUCCAGACCAUGCUCGCCAAUCACGAGUUCCCUGUCAGCCUGCGUUCGGAUUGUUUCUUGUAUAUGGAUGUGGAGGGUCUACGCUCGACCAGACCAUACCUCUGGUUAGGCGAGCCUAUGCCUAGCCUUGGACCAGGACCAGAUACAGAGAAGGCGACAGAAACAGGGACAGCGGCGCGACACUCGCGGAAUAACCAGGGGGAGCCGGGCGGCAUUUUGCCGUCACGAGCCCGGCGUAUGUAG